GAAGACGUACGAGAGAAAUCUCUCUUUAGCUUGUCAUCGUUUCUCUACAAUUCUAGUUUAUAAAAAACGUUCGUUAACAAUUCAAUAACGUUUAAGCGUAUUCUUAUGAAUAAUUAUGAAUGAUAAUAGUUGGUAAUAUAGGACAAUUCGAGUGUUACCAAUCAGAGGCGUUGGAAAAACGCCGAACAUGGCGGUCGCGACGAAUUCGUUUGAUAGCUGGUUAAGCAAAAAAUUACAAGCAUUAAAUACGGACGAGGGUGUUUUCGGAUCUUACAUCAAAGGAAUAUUGGAGGGCGAUGAAACGGAGGAUGAAAAAGUCGAGGCGCUUGAAAGCAUACUCGCGGGCAUAACGGAGGACAAUAUAAGCAAGCAUGUAACCGAAAUCCUAAAUGCUUGGGCAGAAUGGUUACCAACGGAGGAAGUUGCCAGUCCUAAUGUGCCAACAGAGGAUGUCGAUGUCAGAUUGGCACGUAUGCUUGAAUCGCAGAGCCUUCCGACUACCAUUCAAAGAAGUUACACGGAGGAGGAGAGGCGAAUACGCGAGGCUAUAUUGGCCCAGUAUAGUCAAAUGUCCGAUGAAGGUGAUAGCGAGGGAGAUGGGGAAGAAGACGGUGCUGGGGGUGGAGAUUGCGGUAUCGAAAAGAAUUUGAAUGCCGCUACUAUAGCGCAACAAGAAAGAGAAAGGAGAGAGAAAGCAAAGUUAGAAAGUCAAAAAAAGAAAGAAAAGGAUAAGGAAGAUAGAGAGAAACAGAAGCAAUUAAAGGAAGAGAAAAAGGAGAAGCGCAAGACACAGAAAGGAGAGAGAAGAAGGUAGCACGAUUGUGAAAAAAUCGUACAGUCGCUUCCUCAUUUUAAAACAAGUGGAUCCCAUUAUGGGCUGAUUUACUUAUCCAUGUUUCUUCUUUCGCAUGCAAAAGUCUAUCGUUCAUUAAUAUCCCUCUUUUAUUAUCAGAAAGAUACAUAUUUUAAGCGAAUUAUGUGACGCUUCUUCAUCGAGAUAAUACGUACUUCAUAUUUCUUGUGGCAUAAUAGCGAAUCUUCUCGUGCCUUCGGUCUGUCUAAUAUACAUUAUCGUUCGGUGUAAUCUCUCCUAUCCAUUUAUCCUUUUUCUACUUUCUUUACGAUAUCGACGUUCCUUCGUAUUAUUUCGCGAUCUGCAUUCAGAGCUUGUAUACGAGUAAUAUUCACAGCUCCGUUUUAAAUUUUAUAGUUAAAAAGUUGUUCCAACUAUUGAUGUAUAUACAUAUUGUACUUACCUGUAUGCACAGCAUACUGCCUUUUUUCUCUCUUUUUUUCUUGAUUUUUUUCUUUUUUUUUUCUUUUCUUUCUUUUUCUUUUUUUUUUUUUUUUUCUUUGAUUAAACGAAUCACGUAUUUAAUAUGUUAAAUAAACUGCUCUAAUCGCUA